AUGGAAAAUCUACACACGCCGACAGUGCCCUCAGGGGAAACCACUGCUCCUGUCACGAAUGGCCAUGCGGGGCAUCUAAGCUUUGCAGAGUUGCAGCGAAAGAAGGACGAUAUUGAGGCCGAACUCAAGGCUUUAGGAGGGGUGCUCGACUCGAUUCAAGAUUCGACCACUGACAGCGUGACAGUCCGGACUACACGAGCUCGCAUCAUUCGACUGCGGAAUGACUACACUGCUCUCAUGACCCGGAUUGAGAAAUUCCUCCAUGACCAUUUCGCAAGUCUCGAUGAGAAUGAAGCUGCGCCAGUUGCAAGCUCGAGUAACUCACAGGGCAUCUUGCCAGACUCAGUCUCUACACCGUUAGACCCUCCUUUUGCCAAGAUCAACACCGUGGCUGCAGGAAGUCCAGCAGAAUCUGCCGGUCUGAAACCUGGAGAUGAAAUCCGGAACUUCGGAUAUGUGAAUCGAGCCAACCACGACAACCUCAGAAAGGUGGCAGAGUGUGUCCAGGGUAACGAAGGGAACAACCUCUUCAUCAAAGUAUCGAGGCCAGAUGGUGUGGCCGAGCGGCAAGAGUUGCGACUGACGUUGACUCCAAGAAAGGACUGGGGUGGGCGAGGAUUGUUGGGCUGCCAUAUCUUGCCCCUAUAA